AUGGAAUUCAAUCAGUUGCAGAAAGAUGUUAAAGAGGAAAAUGGCAGCCAGCAUAAGGCAACUGAAGGCAGAAACAAUAUCUUCAUCAAACAUAGUAAACGAGGAGGAUGGACUACCUUCCCCUUCAUAUUAGGAAGCAUGUUAACCUUAACACUGACAGCAGGAGGGUGGAUAGGAAACCUCAUUGUGUACCUUAUCACCAAGUACAACGUUAAGAGCAUCCAUGCCACUCAAGUCUUCAAUGUGGUGGUUGGCUGCAUGAGUCUCUUUCCUAUAGUUGGAGCUGUUCUCUCUGACUCCUUUUAUGGCUCUUUUGUUGUCAUCGCUCUGUUCUCUUUCGUGUCAUUACUGGGUAUCACACUUAUGACAUUAACAGCUUCAUUUCCAUCCUUAAGACCUCCACCAUGUACAAACAAGUUCCCAUGCGACUCUCCAUCAAAGCUUCAAUAUGGAGUUCUAUACACCAUUUUAGGGUUGGCUUGUAUUGGAAUUGGAGGCACACGUUACACCCUUGCUAGCAUGGGAGCUGAUCAGUUUGAGGAUUCUAAUAGUGUAGGAAUCUACUUCAAUUGGUAUUUUUUUGUGUUUUAUGCUGCUAAUGUGAUAAGCACCACUCUCAUAAUCUAUGUUCAAGAUAACGUGGGUUGGGCAGUAGGGUUUGGGAUAUGUGUCGUUUGCAACACAGUUGGUGUGAUCUUAUUCUUGUCCGGUAAAAACUUUUACCGAAAAAUCAAGCCUAAAGGAAGCCCUUUCACUAGUAUUGCUCGAGUUAUCAUUGCAGCAGUCAGAAAGAGGAAGGUUUCAUCAACAAACCAAGAGUAUAACUAUGAUAUCAAUGACAAAUCUACCAUAGUUCCAUCAGAUAGUUUCAGGUUCUUUAAUAAAGGGGCACUAAAGAUUGAAUCUGAUGGUUCAAAGACAAAAUCAUGGAGUCUAACUACUGUACAAGAAGUGGAAGACUUGAAAACCUUAAUUAAAAUAAUGCCAUUAUGGUCCUCUAGUAUUAUGUUGAGUGGCCUAGUUGGCAUGUUUAACAACUUCAUCAUUCUCCAAGCUCUAUCCAUGGAUAGACACCUUGGUGGUUCCAAUUUCAAAAUCCCUGCUUCUUCUUUCUUAUCUUUAGACACCCUAGCUACAAGCAUUACAAUUUGCCUCCUUGAUCGCUUGAUUUUUCCCAUGUGGCAAAAACUAACCGGUUGGUCUAUAACACCCCUCCAACGAAUAGGGCUUGGCCAUGUACUCAAUGUUGUUGGUUUGGUGACAGCUGCCGUAGUUGAGGUCCGAAGGCUACAUACGGCUAGAGACCACAAUCUGAUUGGGUUAAGCAUGGGUAUAGCCACCAUCGUACCCAUUUCAGCAUUAUGGCUUCUGGUUCCUUUAACAAUUAUGGGAAUAAGUCAGGCAUUUCUUUUUCCGGGACAAAUCUCUUUAUACUAUCAAGAAUUCCCAACAUCUUUGCGUAGUACGUCCACGGCUAUGAUAUCAUUGUUGGUUGCAGUGGGGUUUUAUUUGAGUACCGUGCUUACAGGUUUGAUUCAGAAAAGCACCUCAUGGUUGAAGGAUGACCUUAACAAUGGUAGGUUGGAUAUAGUGUAUUGGCUGUUAGCAGCAAUCGGUGUGGUGAAUUUUGGGUAUUUUCUUGUUUGUGCUAAGAUGUUUCGGCAUAAAUUGGACACACAAGAUCAAAAUGUGGACGAUGUUCCUGUUCUUGGGUAAAAUUUGUACUACAUGCCGAGUUGAAAAGUUAAAAAUGAAGAUUAAUAAAGUGGUUUUAAUGUAAAUCUACAACUUUGGAUACUCUAUUUAGAAUUCUAGCAGUUCGAUAAAUAGAAGACUU